GUGUGUUAGAAAACAAAAGUGCAGGUGCGAUGCGACAGCUCUUAUUUUGAGUAUAAACAGCACGUAAUCAUGAGGACGGAUCAGAAAUUAUUUUGUCUUAAAAGUGCCAGUGUGAUCUUUAUUAUUCUCCUCUGGCUCCUGGGGCCGGUGAUAUUUGGCAUCUUGCUGUGGUUUCGACUGGACUUCUGGUCCAAUGAGUACCUGGAGGUGGACCAGGAGCUGUACCGCUACCUCAUCCUUCUCUACAUCUUCAUCGUCGUUGGAGGCCUCAUCGUCGGCUUCGCCAUCCUUGGAAUUGUAGCUGCAGUGCGAGCCAUCAAAUGGGCCAUUGUGGUUUUCAUCGUGGCGAUGGUCCUGGCUAUCAUCCUCACCGCAGCAGGAAUGGCGUACGGAAUUGUGUACCGAGAAGAGCUGGAAGAGACAAUAUCCCGGGGAACGUUGGUGAAACAGUUCAUCCAGCAGCGUUACAAGGGCAUCCGGUUUGACAGGGCCACCUAUGUGAUCGAUCUCAUGCAGUCGGAGCUUAAGUGUUGUGGUGGUGAGUCUCCGCUUGACUACGGUGAGUCGACAUGGCAAAAAGAAAAAGAAGCAGAACGGAAUGGUCGGACACCCUUGUCCUGUUGUAAAGAUUAUGAACGCUACCAGAACAGUGAAGACCGAUUCACACAGACUUGCACCAUCUUCCAGCAGCCCAGUAAUGUGGAAAAUGUGUACAAUCCUAACAUCAAUAGAAAGGGUUGUGGCAAAGCUCUCUCAACUUUCUUCUCCGAUCACAUCUAUGUUGUGGUUGGGAUUGGCAUAGCAACGUUUGUUAUUGAGGUUGUGACCCUGAUCUUAAUCUCCAUCCUGCUGAAGGUGCUCAACAGUCUGUACAUACCCCAGCCGGAGGAGAUCGUGUACGACAUGGCCCACAACCAGGAGAAGUCCCCCUACCCGUCGCGCGGCGACUACCGUGACUACUACAGAUAGACCACCCCAAACACCCCAUCACAUCACACCCGCCAUUGGAUCACACUGUAUCAGUCAUCUACAACCCAGCAACCCACACAUAAUGUUUGGCUGGGGAUGAACAUUGUUUGGGAGUAUUUCUCAAAAAAAAGUCCUCAUCCUAGCAUUGUCAAAUUUUUGUGAGUUGAAUAUAUGUUUGGGAAAUAAUUACGAUAAAGUUCUUAAACAGGAUCCCAUUGGACUUGCCACCUUGCCAACCCUGAACAUUUUCAUAUCAUUUGAAAUUAGAAUUUGUAGAAGUAUCAGAAGUAUCCUAACAAUCAAUUUUGGAGAGAUUAUUGAGGAGUUGUUUCAUUACUUGAUGACAGCUUAUCUUUGAAUUAUUCUUCAAAGGAAACAAUGGCACCAAGUAUUAAAGUGAUCCUUUGAUUUUUGUGUAGCUUUGUCAGCUUUAGCUUUAUGGUCCUGCUCAGAUCAUUAGCUUUGCUGAUGUUGGGAAACAAACCCAGAAAAACAUCCAUUUGGUGUGAAAUGUAUCAAUUUUGAUGUUCUAAAAUGAAAAUACCAUGCAGUACGAGAGUAAUAUAUGCACCUAGUUUGUUCAAUGUUUGCUGGUCAUACAUGAAGAAUAUCCAUUGAGGUUGAUCCUGGUGUUACUCAUGCUCAGUUAGGGCUCAUAUACUUUCUUUAUUGCAGCCCUGAUAAUGUAUAUAUGUCAUCCAGCAUGCGCUGUAGAUUUGGAUUAGUUUUGAUAAAGGAAGGAAAAAGAUUUGUGCAAGACAUGUGAUCUUGACAACAUGAUCUUGACAGUGUGAUCUUGACAACAUGAUCUUGACAGUGUGAUCUUGACAACAUGAUCUUGACAAUGUGAUCUUGACAACAUGAUCUUGACA